CCUCUUUUUCCUUCAUCAUUCACAAACUAGCAAUUUCUUCACCGGAAAUAUUUCAGCUUUGAUCGGAAACUCGCCGUCGACGGAGAUCGUAAAUUAUAAUGGAAAUGGCUGGAACAGAGCUAAGAUUAGGUCUACCUGGAACAGAGCCGCCAUCUACUAGUAAAAUUAGCAACAAAAGACUUUCAUCACAUAUGAAUAACAAUGAUCAACCACCACCAAAAGCACAAGUUGUUGGGUGGCCACCUAUUGGAUGUUAUCGGAGCUACGUUAAAGUGAGCAUGGAUGGAGCUGCUUAUUUAAGGAAAAUUGAUCUUAAGAUUUACAAAAGUUAUCCACAUCUACUUAAGGCUUUAGACAACAUGUUCAAGUGUUCCAUUGGUGUAUACUCAGAAAGAGAAGGGUACAAUGGAUGUGAUUAUGUACCAACUUAUGAAGAUAAAGAUGGGGAUUGGAUGCUUGCUGGUGAUGUACCUUGGGAUAUGUUCAUUAAUUCUUGCAGAAGACUAAGAAUCAUGAAAGGAUCUGAAGCCAAAGGUUUAGCAAGUCUAUAGAUUUGCUGUGUCUUGAUCCGGGUAUAAAGAGUUUUUGAAAUCUAUAUCUAACUUUAUUUGUAUUUGUUCGAAAUCAAAAUUCUGAAUAUGUCAUUGCCGAAAAUCCUAAGGCAAAGCUUAUUGGGUUCUUCAGUUUUUGUAUAACAAUCUAUAUAAGGUGUAUAGAGAAAGUAAAGUUUAAUCAACUUUUCUUGUACAUAAAGUUUUUAUUUUUGUCUUUUUUAUUUUAACUUGAAGAAUUUGUUGUGUA